UUCUAUCUUCCAGAAACUCAACCGCCGGAACUGCCCAGGCAACCCUCGAGUGACUCGCCAACCGGCUCAACGCAACCCUGGAGUGACUCGCCAGCCGUCCCACAGCCCCCAUCCUCACCCCAUUCCCCGCCCUCGAUCGCAGACACCCGCGAAGGAUUGGUCCCUAAACGCC